AUGAAUGCAGCACAUUUACUUCUUGGAAGACCUUGGCAAUACGACGUACGUGCUGUUCAUAAUUGUUUUGAGAAUACAUACACCUUUUUUAAGGAUGUCAAGAAGAAAACUUUAGUUCCUUCUCAAUCUACAGCUAUUUAUAGGGAGCAUAGUGAUGGCAAGACAAGCGCUCUAGUGGCAAGCUUGGUAAAUCAGUUACAAGCACAUUCUCUUAGUUCACAUGAAGAGUCUAAGCAUAUGAUAGUCAUACCAGAAAAGGUGAAAUCAUUGAUCAAUCAGUUCAUUGGUUUAUUUCUAGAUGAACUACCAAAAUCUUUGCCUCCCUUAAGAGAUUUACAACACCAGAUAGAUUUCAUUCCAGGUGCAUCUCUGCCUAAUUAUGCUCAUUACAGAUUAAGCCCAAAAGAGCAUGAGAUUUUGCAAGGACAAGUAAAUGAUUUAUUGGAAAAAAAAAAGGUUUGA